AUGGAUUUUCCGCUUGAUAAGCAAAACUACGAACUAUUACAUAAGAUUGGCGAAACAAAAACAGGUACAUAUUGGGUAGCCAGGUGCAAUCUUAAUGGUAAACUAGUUUGUAUCAAACUUAUCAAUUUAGAUUUAUUCCCUGUCACUAUCGACGAAUUGAGGAAAGGUGUCUCAUUCUGGGCCACCUCCACAAAUAAUAAUCUCAUUCAGUAUUACGGAGCAUUCAUUACCGAUUCAACCUUAUGGUUUCUCUCCGAGUACAUGGAUGGCGGUUCCAUUGGAAAUAUCAUGAGCUUUGCUUACCAACAAGGUUUUAAGGACGAAGUACUUCUUGCUUCUAUUUUUGAACAAGUUUUAUUAUUCCUUGAUUAUUGGCAUGAAAAUCAUCAAAUCCAUCGCGAUAUUCGUCCUGACACUAUCCUGAUCUCAAACGACGGAGACGUUAAAGUCGGUUCCCUCGGUUGUGCGACGUGUCUAAUUCAAAACGGCCAAAGGAAGCGUGCUCGCUUCACCCGUAUUGGAACAGUCAGCUACACAGCUCCAGAAGCCUUUUUGGAGAAUGGAUAUACAGAGAAAGCUGAUAUUUGGAGCCUUGGAAUCUCCGCAAUCGAACUUGCCACCGGUAAAAACCCAUACUCCUCAUAUGAACAGAUGUCAAUUCCGAUGCAUGUUAUGUCUGACAAUCCGCCAGAACUUAAACCUCAAUCGGGAUUUUCCACAAAAUUUUUGAACUUUAUCAAGGACUGUCUCCAGACAAACCCUUCCAAACGCUGUUCCGCCAAGGAAUUACUCAAAUCCUCCUUCAUUAAGAUGUCCAAAGGCAAGAAAUACAUCGCUGCCACUCUUAUGUCAAAUAUGCCUCCAGUUUACAAGCGCUAUGAGAUGCUUCAUCCAACAGAGCCAGCUACAGAGUCUGAAGUACCUGCUUGGGCCAAGAUCGCUUCUAAUUUCAAAUUCCAAGUUUCUUCAAUGAAACAGAAAUCGAAAUCACUUUCCGAGAUACAGAAUAAAUCAGAAAGCAACUCCAGUGACGAUUCUCCAAGCAGUCCUUCUGAUACUUUGAAUAAUCCUGUCAGAAAGGGAAGAUUCAUGGUUACUUACUCUAGAAAGGGCUCAAGGAAGUGCAUUCCUAAGUUUUCUUUGUCUAGAUCCGUAUCUGAAGAGUUUGAAAACAGAAAAUCUUCAGAUAUCGACGCUCCAGAGAUUUGA